GCUGUUUCGGGAUGGCUAAUAGGCUGGUGGAGGCGGGGAGGGAGCCGAAAGGGGCCAAGAACUCGAGCAGUUUCGUGGUCUUCGCUUCAUGAAACCAUGGAGAUUUCGUAAGCCAAAGCCAUGCGAUGGCCCAUGGUUUUGUUCCCCCCCGCCCCUCCUUUAUAUACCCCCACCUGUCCAAUCCUCCCUUGCGCAAGUUCCAUUUUUUCCACUGUUCUUCGUGGAUCCCGAUCCUGAGUUCGAGCUUAUCCGCUCCAUGUCUGGUCUUUUCCCACUUCUCCGCCGAUAUUAGAUCUCCGGUGCGUGUAAAGCCCGGACCUUGAGACGUCUCGACAAUCGCCAACGGCGAAACAUUACGUCUUGCAGGCGAGACGGGAUGAAGGUGGAGGCGAGCAAUGGGGAGGAGGGGAAGCGAGUGGGGGCGAAGCGGAACGGCGAGAGGCUGGUGAGGAAGCAGGGUUGCAGCCGGAGGACACGGCGGAGGGUGCACGCGGCCUCCACCGCCAUCCAGCGGCUGUUCGUGGCCUGCAAGUCGGUAUUCAAGGGCCCCGGGACCGUGCCGGAGCCCGCCGACGUCGAGAUGCUGAAGCUCCUCUUAGAUAAAAUGAGACCAGAAGAUGUUGGGCUAAGCACGGACAUACUCUUCUUUAAGUCCAAAAGUUCUUCCAGUGGAACUCCAAGGAUCACAUAUGCCACCAUACAUAAAUGCGACAACUUUUCGAUGUGUAUAUUCUUCUUGCCCCCAACAGCAGUUAUUCCUCUUCAUAAUCACCCUGAGAUGACUGUUUUCAGCAAGCUACUAUUGGGAUCGAUGCAUAUAAAAUCAUACGAUUGGAUCGAUCCCGAUAAAUCAAGUAUCUCCGCAUCCUCAGCUAAAAUGAGGCCGGCAAAGCUGGUGGUCGAUUCCGAUUUCACUGCACCUUGCAACACCUCCAUUCUUUAUCCAACAACUGGGGGAAACAUCCAUACCUUCACAGCCAUCACACCCUGUGCUGUGCUCGAUGUUCUUGGACCCCCUUACUCAAAGGAAGACAAUCGCGACAUAACGUAUUAUCGCGAUCAUCCCUACACGAAAUAUUUAGAUGAUGCCACUGACCAAAGUGGAGAGGAGAAACAUGAUCUGGGAUGGCUGGAAGAGAUUGACAUUUCCAAGGAUUUAGAGAUGGAUGGCGUAAAAUACCUGGGCCCACCUGUCAUUGAUGGUUGACCAAAGUUCCGACCAGGAUUUAGUUGCCAUCCUCCAUAGGUUUUUCCUGGUGUGAGUUUGAUGUCAGGGUGUGUAAAGGCAGAACUAUUUUUUAGGUGAUUGCGUCAAUUUUAUUCCUCUUUCUGGUCUGUCACUUGUCGAUUCUCAUUAACUCAGUGUCGUGAACAAUUUUUUUCU